AUGACGAGUCGCAUCCCCACUUCGACCUCAAUCACAGAGUCCUCCGUCAUCGCCGCCCCUCUUGCCCAGGUCUGGCACCUGAUCAAGCUCCAGGACUUUCACCACUUCUGGACAAAGCUUGACAAGAGCCACCACAUUAAGGGUGUCUCUCAUGAGACCGACGUUGUCAAGUGGACUUUCAAGGAUGGCACGGAGCAGGAGGUGAAGCAGGAAGAGCAUUCGAGUAUUGACCACUUCAUCACCUACUCCGUCAUCUCCUCCACCCCAGCUCUCACAUACUCCAGUAUCAUCUCCACCAUCAGAUGCUAUGCUGUGACAACCGGACCGAGCCAGGGGUCAACUUUUGUGCAAUGGUCGGCACACUUCUCCUCCGAUGCCGAUGCUGGAGUCAUUGAGGAUGCUAAAUUCAAGCGCAAGGAGGCUCUGGCUGACCUGGCCCAUGCCGCCGUGGGAAAUAAGUGA